AUGGGAGUUCAAGGGAAGGUUCAAAGUUCGUCCGCCUGCACUCAAUCAACUAUUAGGGUCUAAGACAGUUCACAUGUUAAUGGUUCCACACAAGCAAGCAAGAGAAUGAACUUGACUGCAGAAAACCACAGGAUUCCUCUCAGAGAUGGGAGCCAAAUCCCGCUUCUGGGCUUGGGCACGUACGGAGACCCUCGGACGACACCAAAGGGCACAGCUUUGGAAUGUGUCAAGCAGGCCAUCGAUGUGGGCUACAGGCACUUUGAUGGAGCUUUGGUGUAUUUCAAUGAACACGAGGUCGGUCAAGCCAUCAGGGAAAAGAUUGCAGAUGGAACUGUGAGAAGAGAGGACAUCUUUUAUUGUGGGAAGCUCUGGAAUACCUUCCAUCCAACAGAAUUGGUGAGACCAACAUUGGAGAGAACCUUGAAGGCACUAAAACUGGACUAUGUGGAUCUCUAUAUAAUUGAACUUCCAAUGGCCUUUAAGCCUGGAAACGAGUUAUAUCCUAAAGACCUGAAUGGGAAGUACAUCUACCACCACACAGACCUUUGUGCAACAUGGGAGGCUUUAGAGGCGUGUGUAGAUGCAGGCCUUGUCAAGUCUCUCGGAGUGUCCAACUUUAACCGCAGACAACUUCAACAGCUUCUCAACAAACCAGGCCUCAAACACAAGCCUGUAUCCAACCAGGUGGAAUGCCAUCCUUACUUCACACAGCCUAAACUUCUGGACUAUUGCCGUCAUCAUGACAUUGUUAUUGUUGGCUACUGCCCGCUAGGCUCCUCCAGAGAUGCAUCUUGGGUUAAUGUCAAAUGUCCUCCCAUGUUGGAGGACGAGCUACUCAUGUCUAUCGGGAAGAAGUACAACAAGAGCAGCGCUCAGGUGGCUCUGCGCUUCAACGUGCAAAGAGGAGUGGUGGUCAUUCCCAAGAGCUUCAAUCCACAGCGGAUCAAACACAACUUCCAGAUAUUUGAUUUUUCACUAACCAAGGAAGAAAUGAAAGCCAUUGAAGGGCUGAACAAGAACAUUCGCUUUGUGGAGCUGCUCAUGUGGAGCGACCAUCCAGAGUACCCGUUUCAUGAUGAAUAUUAAUACUACUAAUACUAAAUGAUGUGAC